AUGUCUGUUUUUGAUGAUACUCCCGCUGAACGUAGCUUCGUUGAUAUUCCAUAUGCCGAGCUAGGAGCAGUGCAUCCUGACGCCAAUGUGGUUGGUCCAACUGAAAGGUAUUACAAAUGCAGUGGUGAAAAGGCAGCCGAACUCAUGGCGAUGGGUAUUGGUCUCAAGACAGGAGACUUACGUGAGGUGGGCAAUGUCGAAGAAGAGCCAUACUGUUCCAUGAAACUGAAAAAGAAGGUGACACCCACACAGAAGCACAUGGUGGAGGAGAUCAGACGCCGCUGUAUUUUGGAAGGUGUGCCUGAGUGCAAGUGCAAGUCAUGGGAGAAGAAGAAGUGUAUCGUUUGGUUGCAGAAGCAUCCCAUUACCAAUACUACUGACAUUGCUUUCGUCAUCAAGGAAGAGAAGAGGUUCUUUGACCUGGUCACCAAGGCUCUUUUGGAGAAGACUGACGAAAAGAAGGAGAAAGGAACCACGCCCCCUUGGAACUAUUCGGAACCAUACCUUCGCCUGAUUGAGUGCAUGCUCGAUGACUCCAUCCGACAACUGUUCUUAGACAUGCACAGGAUGGGAGAAAGGGAUGAGUUAGAUGCCAGGAAUUCUGAGAAUCGUCCAGAGACUGUUUACGAAGCCUGUGCACGGUUGUUUAAUGAUCCCGACCAUGAGGUAAUGUCGCGCUGCUUACCUGAUUUGCAUUUCACCUUUUCCGAGGUCAUUGACUGUUCUUUCGAGAACAUGCCUGGCAAAGUGACACCUGAUGAAGUGAAACGCCGUUGGGGUGACAGUCGAGCCAAGUUGAUCAAGAUCAUCGCCAAAUGGGAGCUCAGUGGUAAUGGAUUCGGUCAGCGUGGAGUCAGUGAUGACAACUUUGGCCACUUGGGAGAUGAUAUGUUGGAGUGCGGCGACAACAGAGCCAACUUCUUGGACUCGCAAACCAAGGAGCACAUCCUUUACCUCUGGCAUGUUGCAGAUGAAGCCCAGAUCCUGAAGAAUGUCAUGAGUGUCAUCAGUGAAUCUUGUGCUGCCACCUCGGAGACUUGCUCAUCUGUCUCUGGGUCGGAGAAUGCUGUUGCCCGCAGGAGGAGAACCGAUGAAAGAGCCUUGGGUUUUUUCCGUGCCAAGAUGGGACUUGCCAUGCACACGAUGUCUCGAGCUGCCAUCUUCAAGGAACUUCGAGAGAGCCAGGAAAAGCUUUUCGAGGCCCAACUCAGAGUCAUGGAGGUCACCAGUGAAGAGCUCAGUGAGUUGUGGAUGGGCAGAGUCCGUUAUCUUGAAGCCAACGUGAAGGCAGUUACAGAAUGCUUGGACAGUUUGGCUUUCGAAGAUUCCUUGGAGCCGCCUUCCAAGAAGCAGAAGAAGAAGAGAGGAGCCCCUGGACCACUUGUUCUUGGUGGUGAUUCCGACAGUGACAGCGAUGAGGAAGAGGAAGCCGUGAAUGAAGAAGAAUAG